AUGGCUAAUACAUUCUUGUAUUUUGUAUUGAUGACCGCGUUUCUAUUGUGCAGUGUGCUCAAAAUCUGGUGGGAAACUGAUAGCGAGGAAUGGCUCGAUAAAGCUUUUGAAUCAGGAACUGCGUUACUUCGUAUUGGGUUCGAUGAAAAUCAAGAGUACUUUGAAUCUGUCUAUACUUAA